AUGCACUCCCUCGUCCAACCCGACGCCUGGGUCGCUCUGAAACUCCCCAACGGAACUCUCAGGGUGCUUCAGGUGACUCCAAAUACAACCAUUUCCCUGGGCAAAUACGGGUCGUUCCCAAGCAAUCUGAUCAUCCAAAGGCCGUAUCAUUUAACAUACGAGCUCCAAUCAAAGCUCGAAUCAGAGAACUUUCACCGUCUUCGCAUUGUACCCGCCUCAGAGCUCUACGCGGAUAUUCUCGCGUCCCGCGACUCGUCCAACUCGCCCGACUCUCCCACAUCGGACCCCGAGGACGACGAUGAAGAUGGCGCAGACGCCGCUGUGACCUCGGGUGCAGAGUACACAUUAGUUGAUGCGUCUUCUGGCGCUGUGGUUGCCAAGUCGGACGAGACUGCCGUACUCAACGAUGUUGCGGCUGCUUCUGCCACACAGACUCUCAGCAUGGAAGAGAUCGAGGCGCUGAAGAAGGAUGGGUCCGGCGCCGGUCAGGAUAUUAUUGCGAAACUCAUGCUGUCGCAUACUGCGCUCGACCAAAAGACCGAGUACUCGCUCGCCAAAUACAAGCUGCUCAAGACCAGGAAGUACAUCCGCCGCUUCACCGUGCUGCCGAUGGACGUCCCUCUGUUUGACCACUGGCUCCUUGAGGAAAGAGACUCGACAAAGAUCUUAGAGAUGCGCGAGGAGAUGAUUGGCCUGCUUGGGUGCUGGGCAAAUGUUCAUUGGGGAGGCGAGGACGACCGUGAGAACGAGGCUGAGGAUGUCAAUGACGAUGAAUCCACGGAGAUUGAUAACGCGCAGGGUCGCUAUCUGGUGGUUGAUGACACUGGAGGUCUUCUGGUGGCAGCAAUGGCUGAGAGACUGGGUAUUUUAUAUCCGUCCGAGAAGAGAGGAUCGCUGGACGAAUAUCUAGAGGCCCAGAAAACACCACAACAGCGAAGGGAAGAGCGAAACCGCACAAAGGCCGCCAUUGAGAAUGAUGGUGUCACGGAGGAUCUAAAGCAAGAAGAGGACGAAGAGGCUCCCAGGGCACAGCAACAGGAGUCUGAGGUAAAGAUUGAGGAGACGGAUGAGGCUCAGCCAGAACCCGAGCCAGAAGCUGUCAAUGAUCGCACAGAGACCAGCAGUGCACCUAAGAAGUACCCUUCUGGUUCCGGAAAGCGUGGAGAUGACGGCGUACCAUAUGCCAAGUCGAAUACUUUGACAUUGGUCCAUGCCAACUCGCAACCUAACCUCAGCUUGCUCAAGUAUUAUGACUUCGACAUCACGAACCCUACCCAGUCUCUCGACCAUCCGCUCGCUAGGAAUCUCAUGGCCCUCUCAUGGCUGCAAUUACUAGAGCCCACCGCCGACACCACAUACAUGGCAGAGCCUCCGGCGGUCUCCUCGGAUGAGCUCAAGACAUGGAAGACGAAUCGCAGAGCUAAUUAUCACCGAAAGCGCCGCCGAUGGGCUCGGGUCCGUCAUAUCGUCGAUACGGCGCGGGCAGGCAGCUUCUCUGGGCUAGUCGUUGCCAGCACGAUGGAUCCGAUAUCUAUCAUGAAGCAUGCUGUACCUCUCCUCGCUGGCGGCGCACCGAUUGCCAUCUACUCGCCAACCAUUGAGCCGUUAACCAAACUCGCUGAUUGCUAUAGCAUAGCAAGGCGCGGCGCUUGGAUAUCGGAUCCUCCUGAGGGAGUGGCCGAGAAGACGCCGGAGGAACUUGAGCACUGGGGCGGCACAGAGGAGUACCCGCUGAACCCUACCUUGGUUCUCGGAGCCGCUCUACAAACGAGCAGAGUGCGCAAGUGGCAGGUUCUGCCGGGUCGUACGCAUCCGCUCAUGACGAGCCGAGGAGGUGCUGAGGGAUACGUCUUUACAGCUUGGAAAGUGAAACCGGCCGCGGGCAAAGUCGAAGCACGAGGCAAGGGACUCCGGAACAAGAAGCGCAAGGUCGGCGAGUGA